GCGUCAUAGUAUAAACCUAGUCUUGGUGUGUUAGAUCAUAUGAAAAGUUAAUAUAAAUGAGUCAUGUGGGCCUAUACUAAAUGUCUACUGUAAGGGGAUUUUCUCUUCAAUAUGUAAAGAAAAAGUGAAGAAUUCUAAAAUCCAUGAGAUUGUUAGCUAUAGACCUACAGCCCUUAGUUAGAUUAAGAUUGAAACACUGUAUUACAUUUCAUUACAAAUGCAUCCUUAAAAUGGAACAUUUGAAACCUGCCAUUUACUGCGCCAUGGUCCGUUGAACACAAGCAUGCUUGACAUUUCACAACAAGGGGUUAUGACUCAUGACCUUCUAUGUGUUUGCAUGGAUGUGUUUAUGAAUAUUUUGACCUGGAUACCUGUUAUUUUGUUACACAUGAUGCAACAUGCCAAAUUAAAUGAGCAUGUGUAAAUUAUUGGGCAUAUCCACCAAACCAACUAACAAAAAUAUUGUUAGGCAUAGUAAACCUGGUUGAUUGAUUGUGAAGGGAUGGGCCUGUCACAUGCAUGCCAUGCUAUAGGCCAUAGGUCAUGCCAGGUGAUAGUUUGUCUUGUUGAGUUUAGCUGGAGAGAUCCCCACUAGAGAGACUGCAAGAGGCCUGGACAUGCACUUUGACGAACUAGGAUAUGAAGGGGACGACUAUGAGGAUGUGGACACUCAAUACAUGAUUGAACAGAGUCUUCUGGAAUGUAACAAGCAGAUUGAAUCGCGGGAUUCCAGCCUAGGGGAUGAGUGCAGUCAAGAUAUAACAGAUCAUGUAAAAAUCUUCUCAGCCAUCAGAAACGGUGACGAAGAAGCUCUCCGCCAGCUGUCUGUCAGCCAGAGUGCUUUCUCUGAAGUGGACAACAGAGGCUGGAUCCCACUACAUGAGGCCGUUAGUCAGAAGAACCAAAAUAUUCUAGAGGUCACCUUUGCAGCAUCGAGUCAAAAUGCAGUGCAAUGUCGGACCGACCGGGGAAAGACACCUCUGUUCCUGGCGGUGGAGCAAGGUCUGAUAGAGAACGCAACCUUUCUGCUACAGAACCAUUCCAGUUCUGACUGCCAGGAUGACGAAGAGGACUCACCGCUAGUUAUAGCUAUCAGAAACGAUCGUCUGGACCUGGGCAAGCUUCUACUGGGGUUCGGUAGCAAUGUGAACCUGGAGGGAUGUCACAGCAGGACCCCCCUCCACGAGGCUGCCAAGCUGGGACGGGAGGACUUUGUGGAGCUGCUUCUCAGGUCUGGGGCCAACCCAGACGCCAGGUCCGACUAUGGGCUCACGCCCCUGGCCCUUGCCGCUCAGUGUGGGCAUGUGAAGGUAGUCCAAGCCCUCGUCCAGAAAGGGGCCAACGUGGAGUCUAUGGCCCAGGAUUAUGCAACAAUCCUAUUUGAGGCAUCUGCCUCUGGCAACCCUGAGAUUAUCUCUCUGCUGUUGGAGUAUGGAGCUGAUGCCAAUGUCCCCAAACAUACCGGACACCUCCCCAUCCACAGAGUCUCCCACAGGGGCCAUUUACAAGCUCUGAAGAUCCUGAUCCCUGUGACGACCUGUGACGCAGUGUAUGAGAGUGGAAUGAGCCCCUUACACUCUGCAGCUGCUGGUGGUCACACACAGUGUCUAAAGGCCCUGCUGAAGGCAGGCUAUGACCCCAACUACAUGUUGCACCCGUGGGUCCGACGUAACUACGACGACCAGCGGAAGUCUGCCCUGUACUUUGCGGUGUCCAACGAUGAUGUCCCCUCGGUCAAGCUGCUGCUGGAGGCUGGGGCCAUGCCCAACCAGGACCCUGUCAAGUGCCUACAGGUGGCUCUGAGGUCGGGUAACCUGGAGAUGAUCUACGUCCUGCUGAGGUUCGGAGCCAACGUCAACUACUUCUCCCGCAUCAAUACCACCCACUUCCCCUCCGCGCUGCAGUACGCCUUGAAGGACGAGGUUGUCCUGCGCUUGCUUUGUAACUAUGGCUACGAUGUCCAGCGCUGCUUCGAGUGCAACUACGGUGAAGCGUCCCAUGUUCCUGAUGACUAUGAGGGCUGGACAAAUACUGUCAUCAACGACUCCAUGUUUUGCGAGGUUAUCUCAGUCUACUGGUUGAAAGAACACUCGGGACACGUGGUGCGUAUCAUGCUGGAUUACGUCGAUCACGUGACCUUCUGCUCGAAACUAAAGGCUGUCCUGAUGGAACAAAAGCAGUGGCCUGAUAUCUGCAAAAUUCAAGAGAACGCUCGCUGUCUUCAGCAUCUCUGUCGUCUGAAGAUCCGUAGCUGUCUGGGCCGACUGCGUCUCAGGGCCCCAGUGUUCAGGCAUUUCCUGCCUCUACCCAAACGGCUCAAAGAUUACAUCCUUUACCGGGAAUAUGAUCUCUUCAGCCAGAAGAUCCUAGUGGGCUGACAGGAAGAAGUGCAUGGAGUAUGAGCGAAGAAGAUAGGCCUACAUUAACAAUUAGUCAGUGACUCAGCAAUGCUAUUAGUUAGAGUUUUUUACUCUCAGGGGUGCCGUCGAAAUCUUUUAGUAUUUUUGGAGGGAGGGGGCACAUUGAGGCUUAUUUGUUCAUUGUGCCUAUAACCCCCUGGCUCUACUGUAAUUCAAACCUUGCUAUUAGUCUGUCAGGCAGACGAGCUGAGCUCACUCAUAUCAGGUUAAAAUAGUUUACUGUUAUCAUCAAGUGGAAUUUGCUGCUUUUCACCUAAAAAUGAGGGUGGGGCAGGGAGGAUUGAAGAGUUUUAGUGUGUUUCAGCAUAAAAUAAAACCUUUCUCUUUUU